CGGCCCUGCUACUGCUGCUGCUGCUCUGUUGCCUCAUCAAUUCCAUUCUUUCAUCAUUCCAUCCUCAUCCUCAUUCUUACAAUCAGCAAGCCCUCGAACCGCCUCGCGGACACCCCCAUAUUCUCCAAAGGGGCCGCCAGACGCACCAAUCGUCAGCAGCAGCUAGCCGGCACUCAUCUCGCCAUAUACUCACACACGCACGCACACACUCCGAGAUGGCGCCUAGUCGGCCCAGCGACAGGAAGCAGCCCGGCCCCGGCGCCAUCCUCGCCGAUGCCGAGACGCAGCUCGACGUCGGCAACCUCGACGAGGCCAUAGUCCUCGCCGCCCGCGCGCUCGAGGCCACCGGCUCCGGCGGCGACUAUGAGCUGCGCGCCCUCAACCUGCUGGGAAUCCUGCACGUCGAGGCGGGCGACGUCGACGAGGCGCGGUCCUUUUUCCAACGCGCCGUCGAGCUCGAUGGAGAUGGCAUGGUCGACGAAAAGGUCGGCGGCGGGCCCGAAAAGUUCUUGCUCCUGGCCCAGCUCAGCGAAGACGGCGGCCAGGACAGCGUCCGGUGGUUCGAGCGCGGCGCCGCGACCCUGCGAAAACAGAUCCAGGCCCUGUCCGACCUGCCGUCCCGCACCCCGGACCAGCAGGCCACCCUCGAGGAGAAGCAGAACAAGCUGGGCGGCGUCCUGUGCGCCGUCGCCGAGGUGUACAUGACCGACUUGUCGUGGGAGGACGACGCCGAGCAGCGCUGCGAGGCCCUCAUCACCGAGGCCAUUCUCAUCGCCCCGGGCUCCCCCGAGACGUGGCAGACGGUCGCCAACGUGCGCAUCUCGCAGACGCGCGUCGACGACGCAAAAGGCGCGCUGCGGCGCAGCCUCGAGCUGUGGCAGGACCUGCCGCCCGAACACCCCUUGGUCCCCGAGUUCCCCACGCGCGUCGGCCUGGCGCGCCUGCUGCUCGAGACGGAGAUGGAGGACGAGGCCCUGCGCGUUCUCGAACGCCUAGUUGCCGACGACGACCAGAGCGUCGAGGCGUGGUACCUCGGCGGCUGGGGCCUGUAUAUCGCGGGCGAGAAGCAGCGCGAGGGCGGGGCCAAGUCGGCAUCGGCAGCGCCCAACGGCGAGGCUAGCAACGCCAAGGAAUCGCAGCUCGAGGGCGAGGAGUGGAGGUCGACGUGGUCCACGUCGCGCAAGUGGCUGGUACGGUGCCUCAAGCUGUACGCCAUGCUCGAGUACGAGGACGAGCGGCUGGGCGAGCACGCGGUGGAGCUGUUCAACGCCAUCAACAAGGAGCUGGGCGAGCUCCCAGAGGGCGAGGAAGACGACUGGGAAGACAGCGGCGAGGACGACGGCGAGGUAGAUGAGGACGACGAGAUGCAGGACUAGAGCGGCAUGGACGUCGGAAUUUGAACGGGUUUGAAUGGCGGCAUUAGACGGCGUUGGGGUAGAAGCACGACAAAAGGAUGGCGCGCUUCGCGGGGCGGACAUCAAAGCCGCUGGCAUGUAGAUUCUGGAUCUGAUCGGCUUCAAGUCUGAAGCAGUAUGUAUAUACGCAGAGCGUCUUCCUGGC